AUGAUGGCGCCCUCCGUACCUCAGAAUCCCACACCCGCCCAAGCUUUGGCGUUACUGCCAAAGCUCAGUGAUGCAGACGCUGAUCUUCGUUAUAUGUCAUUGAAUGAUCUCUACAACACACUGAAUGCAGGAGCAUCUACUUUCCUUACCAACGACUAUCAUACAAGUGCCAAGAUCAUCGAUGGUGUGCUCCAGACUCUGGAUGACCAGAACGGUGAGGUUCAAAAUCAAGCCAUCAAAUGUGUCAGUGCCCUCGUCCUCAAACUACCUCCAGAUAUUCUUGCACCAUUUGUUCACAGAGUCUCGAAUAUCAAAACCACGCAUUCGGUAGACACCUCGAUACCUGCAACGGCUUUGAGAACUUUCAUAACCGCAUUCCCACGACCGUUGCCCGGUCUGCCUCCUUCUGGAAAAUCUCAAGAUGCAUACUCUGCCAUCAGUAGAGUCUUGAUACCACGUUUGCUAGGCUACAUAGUGAUCCCACAUGGCCUGGAGAAUCUUCCUAGCCCGCCACCGGGAAUGCUGGAAAUCGGCUCAGAGAAAGGCGCGAACAGCGAUGCUGUUGAUGUUCUCAUCGAGGUGGUAAGAUGCUUCGGACCCAUGCUUCAAGACCCGGAAAAACAAGCUUUCCAGAAGGCCAUCAUGAGCAUCCUGGCUGACGAACGCACUGGUUCUGUCAUAAAGAAAAAGGCGGUGGUUGCCAUCUCAAUACUUGCGGUCUACAUGUCCGACCGCCUGCUCAGUACUUUCGUAUCCAGCACAAUCGAGAGUUUUCGAAGCAGUCAUCUGACGUUGCCGAAAAGACGACUACUUAUUACAAUGGUUGGCUCGCUCUCAAGGUCGAUACCACAGAGACUAGGCCCAUACCUGAAAACAUUGGCUCCGUUUGUACUUAGUGCACUCAGCGAAGAAGAGUACGAAGACUCCAUGGAAGAGCUUGCUGAAGAUGGUGCGCCCAAUCUGGAGAUUGAAGAGGUUCGAGAAGCAGGGCUAGUAGCGUUGGAGGGGUUUCUCUCAUCUUGCAGUAACGAUAUGCGCGUGUUCACAGACGAGUCAAUUGAAGCCGCAUUGCGAUAUGUCGUUUAUGAUCCUAACACUGCGACUGACGAAGAUGACGAAGACAUGGGCGGCACGCAGGACGAGGAGAACGAUGAUGCUGAGACGAAUGGCUUCGACGAUGCUGAGGAAGACUUUGAGGAGGAUGGAGCUAUGAGUGAUGAUGACGAUGCCAGCUGGAAGGUUCGUCGAUGUGCUGCAAAGGCCCUCUACGCCAUCAUCUCGACCCGAAGCAAUGGCGAUCUCUUGGACAACGGCAUCUUGUAUAACAAAAUUGCUCCAGUCUUGAUCGGCCGUUUCAAGGAGAGGGAAGAAAAUGUCAGACUCGAAAUUCUUGCUACUUUGGCAUCCUUGAUCCGGAAGACUGGUGAAGGCGUCUCGCUGUUGAGCCCAAGCGUCGAUGAGGACAUUGAUUUCACAGCGGAGUAUGCUUCCCGCUCACGCAAGCGGCGAAGAGUAAAUAGUGAUGCUGGCACAUUUGACGCGCCAGGCGUCUUUUCUUCGUCCAUGGGUCUAAGCUCUCCCGCACCGUCACCUUCUCCAGUUUCUGGGCCCAAGGCGGAUCUCGCUCGACUAAGCCCGGCAAUUGUUCGAGGCGUAUCUAAAUUGUUGAAGCAGAACUCGAUUCCGACAAAACAGGCGUCAGUCACUCUUCUUCGUGACCUAGUUCUGGUGCAAAACGGUGGGCUUUCAGACAGUCUGGGCAAAGUUGUAGAGCCUCUACUUGAUGCAGUCAAAUCCUCGGGAGCCACUGCAACCGGUUCAGCAUCAGCAUCAACAUCCGUAGGUGGAGCGGCCGCAGCGAGCGGCAGUAAGAUGCGAAUCGAGGCUCUGCAACUCAUUAGUGCGAUCUGCGACACACAUUCUUCCAAAGUUGUGGCACCUUACAUUGGGUCCAUCGUACCCACUAUUGUUACGGCUAUCAAAGAUAAGUAUUACAAAGUCUCGAGCGAGGCUCUUCUUGCGAUUGAGAGCUUGAUCAAGAUACUCACCCCACCCCGAUCGGCUGGCUCAGAGCAACAACGAAAGUUGCAUGUUGGCAGUAUCUAUGACGCCAUAUCUACGCGCGCCGUGGCCACUGAUGCCGACCUAGAAGUACGACAACGAGCCAUACAUGCUCUUGGUGUUCUUCUUGCACGUACCUCGGGAUCAGGCAAUGUAAAGCUCCUCAUGACCACCAAUAAAUCCAAGGCUCUUGCUAUUCUCCAAGAUCGACUCAAGAACGAGACAACACGUCUCUCUGGCGUCAAAGCUGUCGAUCUAGUGGUGGCAUCCGCAGUUGACCAGAGCGACGUUCAACCUGCUUGGGCACGAGGCGUGGCGCUCGAGUUGGGCGCUCAAUUACGCAAAGCCGACAGAAGUCUCCGUGGAGCAAGUCUUGCAGCAUUAAGGAACUUCGUAUCUAACUCAGUCGCUCUCGCAGGUCUUGAUGACGACACUAUCUACAACUUAGCCGGAAUGCUUCUACCGCUGAUCAAUUCAAACGAUCUCAACCUUCUUGGUCCGGCCAUGUCAAUUCUGGGGAAGCUCGUCAAGCGGUGUCCGAAAAAGGUUGUCGACACCAAUCUAAAUAACGCGUUGUGUGGCGUUGUCCUUUCCCCACUGGGUGGGGCCGUCUUCGACUCUUAUCUGGGCCUGGUCAAGAUCAUUGGAGAUCAGGCUGUAGGGCAGCCAUUGAUGCAGGGUUUACUGCAGAACGUGGGCGUAUCUGGUGAUCCUGCUGUCGUAGGUAAAGCAAUUGGCACCCUUUUGGUGUCUGGAGGCUCGACAGUGGGCGUAAAGAUCAAUGACUUCGCCACCGAAUUAAGGUCUUCGAAAGACGGCAAACGCAAAUGUCUCGCUCUGUCGGUACUUGGAGAAGCAGGCUUACGUCUAGGAUCAUCCUCACCCCUGGAACCAAACGUAUUCAUGGAUCACUUUAACUCCAAGUCUGAGAACGUACCUCGCGCUGCAGCCAUAGCGCUUGGUAGAGCAGGAGCAGGCAAUAUUAACAUCUAUUUGCCAAUUAUCCUGUCAAACUCAGGUAAAACAGGCAACCUACAGUAUUUAUCACUUCACUCUAUUAAAGAGAUCUUACAACAUGCCGGUAAAGCCCAUUCAGACAUUUCGCCAUUCACCAAGGAGAUCUGGAACCAGCUUUUGGUAUCAUCGCAGGCGGAGGACAACAAAGCCAUAGGGGCCGAGUGCAUUGGAAGAUUAACUAUCAUCGAGCCUAAGACGUUCCUCCCCCUGCUCCAGAGCUAUCUCCAAGACCCAACGCCGACGGUCAGAGGCAUGGUCAUCCAAGCAAUCCGCUUUACGUUUGCGGACAGCGAUGACGCCUUUGAUGAGGUCCUCAAGCCCAUCCUUAUCGAGAUGCUAACCACGAUGCUCAAUGAUCCAAGUCUAGAAAACCGACGACUUGCUCUCAGCACUUUGAACUCCGCCACGGCCAAUAAAUCAGACAUCGUUCUGCCUCAGCUGGCACAGCUGAUUCCCCUAGUGAUGAAGGAGUCACGUAUUAAUCCAGAUCUCAUACGCGAGGUUCAGAUGGGCCCAUUCAAGCACAAGGUUGAUGAUGGGCUUGAACUACGUAAGAGCGCGUAUGAGACCUUGUAUUCGCUAAUGGAGAAUGCAUACACACGCAUCAACCCACUCGACCUCUUCGAUCGCGUCAUUGCAGGAAUCGAGGAUGAGCAUGAGAUCAAGGUUCUUUGCAAUCUCAUGUUGAGGAAGCUCAUUGUCCUUGACCCCGAAGAGAUGGUGCGACGUUUAGAUGCCAUCGCCGAACGCUUCCGAGCAAUUCUGGCGUUCAAGCCUAAGGAGAACUCGGUCAAACAAGAGAUGGAGAAGGCAGCGGAAGCCAGCAAAGGUGUGCUCAAGGUCACAGUAUUACUUCACAAUGCGUUUCCAGCGGCUUCGGCUAUCGCGGGGAACGUGCAAGGGCAGGCAUGGAAAGGCUACUGGGAGUGGGUCGGAAAAGAGUUCAAGCCACAGUUUACGGCUGUGGAGAACGAGGUCAAAAGUCAGGCUGCAUAG